GGCUGCACAGACACCAUGAGCUCUGUCCCUGAGCCCCAGGAGCGUGGCACAGGGGCCGUCAGGAUGUGCUCUUGUGUUUGUGCUCAAGCCUGAACACACCUGGGGAUCCUUACAAAUCCAGAGGAUAAUGCAUGGAAUGCUCAUGGGCAAAGACAUGCCAAGGAUCCAGUGACCAGACUUGCUCAACGGGCUUGGAGAAGUUGUUUAUUGAUGGGAAAAUAUAACCAGGAUCUGAAACAAAUACCUCACCAGGUGGCAGCAGGAGAAGACAAGCAGUCCCUGAUGUGCUGAUGGCCGAUCAUGUCUGGGAAGCAUUGGCCCCCUGGAACACAGUGCGUCACCAAGCAUGACCACACCAAGCCCAAGCCCCAGGAGCUGGCCUUCCACAAGGGUGACGUGGUCACCAUCAUUGCGACCGUGGAGGGCAAAGGCUGGUACCGCGCCAGACACAAUGAGACGGGGCAGGAGGGGCUGAUGGCAGCCAGCGCCCUGCGGCAACGUGGCCCCAUCCGCGCCGACCCCAAGCUCAGCCUCAUGCCUUGGUUCCAUGGGAAGAUCUCGGGGGUGGAGGCAGUGCAGGAGCUGCAGCCCCCUGAGGAUGGGCUGUUCCUGGUGCGUGAGUCUGUGCGGCACCCGGGGGACUAUGUGCUGUGUGUGAGCUUCGGCAGGGAGGUCAUCCACUACCGCGUGGUGCACGAGGAGAACACGCUCAGCAUCGACAGCCACCAGCACUUCUCCAACCUCAUCGACAUGAUCGAGUACUACAUGAAGGAGCAAGGAGCCAUCUGCACCAAGCUGGUGAAACCCAAGCCAAAAAGCGGGAUGAAGUCAGCAGAGGAGGAGUUGGCCAAAGCUGGCUGGUUGCUGAACCUGCAGCAUCUCACGCUGGGAGACCGCAUCGGGCAAGGCGAGUUUGGAGAUGUGCUGCAGGGUGAGUACAUGGGGCAGAAGGUGGCCGUGAAGAACAUCAAGUGCGAUGUGACUGCCCAGGCCUUCCUCACUGAAACUGCUGCCAUGACGAAGGUCCGGCACAAAAACCUGGUGUGUUUGCUUGGUGUCAUCCUGCACAACGGCCUCUACAUCGUGAUGGAAUUCAUGAGCAAGGGCAACCUGGUGAACUUCUUGCGCACACGGGGCCGGGCGCUUGUCUCAGUCGAGCAGCUCCUCCUCUUUGCUCUGGACGUGGCUCAGGGCAUGGACUAUCUGGAGUCCAAGAGGCUGGUGCACAGGGACCUGGCUGCCCGCAACAUCCUCAUCUCUGAGGAGAAUGUGGCCAAAGUGAGUGAUUUCGGCUUGGCCAGGGUCAAUCCUAAGGGUGCAGACGCCACUUUGCUGCCCGUCAAGUGGACAGCCCCAGAGGCCCUGAAACACAAUAAGUUCUCCUCCAAGUCAGACGUGUGGAGCUAUGGAAUCCUCCUGUGGGAAACCUUCUCUUUUGGCCGCACACCCUACCCCAAGCUGAGCCUGAAGGAGGUGACGGAGCUGCUGGAGCAGGGGUACCGCAUGGAGCCCCCCGAGGGCUGCCCCCACACUGUCUAUGCCCUGAUGAAGAGCUGCUGGGCACUGGAGCCGGGCAAGCGGCCGUCCUUCAAGAAGCUCACUGAGAAGCUGCAGAAGGAGCUGAAGCACCUGAAGGAUGUUUAACCCCUGUCUCCUCCCAGGACCUGUGGUCAGAAGCCCCCUGGACUCACCAGGGUUGGGACUAUCAUCACAACAUACAUCCCAUGGGGUGUGGGGUCCCUUCAAGCUGCCCAUCCCAGUGACAGGGACAGGACAGAACGUCUCCACUCGCUGGAGGAUGGAACCUGAACCCUGAGGCAGCCCCACUCCAGCCACCACAUGCAACAGCUGAACCACAUGGA